UGUAUGUAGCUGCCAUGUCAGGGGCUCAACAACAAUGGAUUUGGCGCCCAAUAGAAAGAAAAUGUCUCGCUCUUCUCCAAACAAUCAACACAAGAACCUCUCUCCUGCAAAUCCACGCUUUCAUGCUUAGAAACGCCAUUGAAGCCAAUGUUAACCUCUUAACCAGAUUCCUUGUGGCCUGCACUUCCGUCACCUCCGUCGCCGGCAAAUCUGAGCCUCUUCCCGGUAUAAUCUACGCCCGUCGGGUCUUCGAUCAUAGGUCUCAAAGAGACGACACCUUUCUCUGUAACUCCAUGAUCAAAGCCUACCUGACGACGCGCCAAUUUUCUGAGUUAUUCACAUUAUAUCGAGAUCUUAGAGCGAAUACACAGUUUUUUCCUGAUAGUUUUACGUUUACUGUGGUGGCAAACUCUUGUGGUGUGAGUCUUGCUGCUUGGGAAAGUUUAGAGAUACAUGAUCAUGUUAUAAAAUCUGGGUUUUGCUUGGAUUUGUAUGUUUCAACGGCUUUGGUUGACAUGUAUGUGAAGCUUGGAAAAACGAUCAUGGCAAGGAAAGUGUUCGACGAAAUGCAUGAAAGAAGCCAAGUUUCGUGGACCGCUCUCAUCUGUGGGUAUGCGAGGUCCGGGGAUAUGAUUAAUGCGCGGAAGCUUUUUGACGAAAUGCCCGACGCAAAGGACACUGUAAUAUAUAAUGCCAUGAUUGAUGGUUAUGUCAAGUCGGGUGAUAUGAGUUCGGCUCGCAGUUUGUUUUCUGAGAUGCCCGAUAGAAAUGUGAUUUCUUGGACGAGUAUGAUCUAUGGCUUUUGCAACAAUGGUGAUGUUGGUUCUGCUAAAUCGUUGUUUGAUGUCAUGCCGGAUAAGAAUCUAUUUUCUUGGAAUACAAUGAUUGGUGGGUACUGCAAGAAUAAGCAACCCCAUGAAGCUCUGAGCUUGUUUCAUGAGAUGCAAUCAAGCAAAUCACUUGAACCAGACAUGGUUACUAUCUUAAGCGUUUUGCCGGCUAUUGCUGAUUUGGGUGCUCUGGAUUUGGGUGAAUGGGUUCAUAAUUUUGUCAGGGGGAAAAAGCUUGACAGAGAAACCAAAGUUUGCACUGCACUUAUUGAUAUGUAUGCAAAAUGUGGAGAAGUCACAAAAGCGAGAAGAGUUUACGACAAGAUGAGAGGAAAAGAAAUAGCUUCUUGGAAUGCUCUGAUAAAAGGAUAUGCAGUCAAUGGACAUGCCAAGAAGGCGCUGGAGGUAUUCAUGGAGAUGCGAUCUGAAGGAGUUAAGCCUAAUGACAUAACCAUGUUAGCUGUGUUAUCUGCUUGUAGCCAUGGUGGCUUGGUGGAGGAAGGGAGGAGGUGGUUUAAAGAAAUGGUGGAGUUGGGAGUUGAACCACAAAUUGAGCAUUACGGGUGCAUGAUCGAUCUAUUAGGAAGAGCCGGGUGUUUGGAAGAAGCUGAGAAUUUGAUCAGAAACAUGCCUUGCAUGGCAAAUGGAAUAAUUAUGAGUUCU